CAGUACAGUUUGUUAUUUCCUGGGGAUACUGACAGCAACAAAGCAGGGUCUCAUCAUAAAGAAGAAAUACAGGUUCCCACAAAAAUCUUACCUAGAACAGGACUUUCCGUCUUGUACAAAUCAGUUGCAAGACUGACAGUAAGAAGUGAGAUAUAUAAAGCUGGUAAUGUGUGUUUAUAUCAGCUGAUACCGUUCAGGAGUUUGGAAGAUUUGUCCACCUGUGUAAGUAAAUUCCUUUGAGUUUAUGAAAACUGCAUGGACUACAUCAUUUUCAUUUUGUAGGAAUCUUUAAAUAUCCUGAAAUAUGGUGGAAGCAGUGCUGAUAGAUCUGUUCAGCCUACCAGCUGAUUUGCAGAACAACAUCCGAGGAUUACUCUGUAACAUGAUGGAAACGAUUGAGAAAUGCUCUUCCAUCCCUGCUCCAUUCGUUUAUGUCAUGUGUUGCCAGAGGCAGGGGAAUGGUGAACAAGAGUCCUUACUUCCAGCUCUGAGAGAUUUUCAGAGUCUGAAGAAAAGACUGGAGGUGGUAUGUGCUUUGACUACAGCUGCUGCUCUGUACACCAUCAAACAAAGACUGGAUGAAAAAGACCUAAGCGUCAUUAAAGUUAUUCUCCCUACCUUAAGAAAAGAAUUAAUGAAAGUAUAUAUAGACCAUCUCUUUACAGCAGUCUACCAGUUUGAAUUUGAGGAUUUACAGGUGUCAUCUGAUUGUAAAAACCUACAGAUAGCUGAACCUCGGCAUGAGGCGCAAACGCUUCCUACCCAGGAUGUGGCACUCAUCCGAAGUGAGAUUCAGAUGUACCUGGAAAGCCUGCCAAGCCUGAAAGGGGAGCUCACCAUCCUCAGAUCUUCCCUGAUUCCAGAUGAUAUCUUCCUACAUGGCUUCACCACACGGACAGGUGGCAUCUCUUACAUACCAACUCUAAGCUCCUGCAAUCUCUUCAGCAGUUCCAAGCGGAGGGACCCACAAAUUGUUGUUAACGAAAAUCUCCGCCGGCUAGCAAAUGCUGCAGGAUUUAACCCGGAGACUUUUCACAGGGUCAAGAUUGAUCACGCUAAUGCUGUAUGUAUUAUGGGAAAGACUGAACCUGACAGCUACGAUGGAAUAGUUACGAAUCAGAAGGGUGUCACGAUAGCAGCUCCAGGGGCUGAUUGCAUACCCGUGCUGUUUGCUGAUCCUGUCAGAAAAGCCUGCGGUGCUGCUCAUUCUGGAUGGAAAGGCACAUUGUUAGGAGUUUCUAUGGCCACAGUAAAUGCUAUGGUAUCUGAAUAUGGCUGUAAUGUGCAAGAUAUCCUUGUGGUGCUGGGCCCAUCUGUAGGACCUUGCUGUUAUAAACUUCCUCACGAAUCAGCAAAAGAAUUUCACCGAAUUGAUCCAAAGUGUGUGAGACUAUUUGACUCUGCAUGUCCUUAUAUUGAUAUUAGAAGAGCAACACGGAUUCUUCUUGAGAGUGGUGGGAUUCUUCCUGAGAACAUCCAAGAUGAUUCUGUCACAGACCAGAACCAAAACGUCACUUUCUGUACUGCAUGCCACCCUGAUAAGUUUUACUCUCACUUUCGUGACGGCGCUAACUUUGGGACACAGAUUGGCUUCAUAUCAAUCAAAGACUGAGAUAGUAUUUCUUAGUCUUGAAUAGUAUUUAGACAACAAGUCUGGUGCAUUGUCUGGCAUCCUGCUCUUCUUGUAGAAGUUCUUCAUCCUUCCUUUCACAGAUUUGCAAUAGAGAAUUCACAGGUCUUGAGAUUCUCCUGCUUCUUCCCUUCCCUGCCAUUCUGAGGCAAGAAUAAAUGUCUAGGGUGUGUAAGACAGGGUGCAAAGGCAACAACGACAACCCACACCAGUGACAAAGACCUUCUGCAAGACAAGAUGCAUGCUCCAGUUUUUUGGAGCCUUAAACAGUUAUUUCCCAGAAACCUCACUGUCUUAAGGUGGCAAAAACACAGUAAAACAGUCUUCAUUAGCUUCUGGAUGAGACUUCUGAGUGAAGUAUGACAUUACUGAUAUAGGAAGAGAAAUCUGUAUUGUACAUUAACUGUUUGAGAACACCCAACUUUGGCAGUUUCAGCUGAAGGUUAGCCUUACAGAAUUAUGUGCCUGGUAUUGUUUUUCUUCUUUGGAUUAGUUUAAAGAAGAGCUCCAAAACACUGACAAGACUUCUCCUAUGGAAAGUAACUUGAAAGUGAAAAGCAAGCAAACUUCUUUGGGACAAACAUUGAAAAUACAUGAACCCUCGCCAUUCUGUAUUUUUUGACUGGAGAAAAAUUGGGACUAAAACUCUUACUAUGAAAUGUAUGUUCAUGUUUCCGUAGGAUUUUUUAAACUAUUGUUACACUGGUAAUGUCCACUGAGACAGUCUGAGAAGUGCCCAGUUAUUAAAUAUGUAUCUAAAAAAGGCAGUCAAUUUAGCCUCAGUUAAUUUAACUGACCAAUAGUUGACUUAUGUGUCUCACUAAGUAAAUUCUAAGUGUGCACUGUUUUCUUUUGGCUGUAAAAAACUUGCCUGUAGAUGUUACAAUAGACAUGAUAGUUCCUGACACAUAGACAGUGAGAGCCUCCUCAUAGCAAAACUAUGCUGACUGUAGCUUGCAGAGCUGCCAAGCAGAAGCCUUGGGACCACUGUCCACAUGACAUAUUUUGUAUUUUGAAUUCAAUAAUCUUUGCCACUUCUAGACUUCCAUGCCCACUAGAGGUCAGUGCUCACUCACGCUGUGCUUCGUCCCUAGCUGUGCUGCAUAUACGGAUUUUCAAACCAUGCAUUUUUCAGUCUUGUACAGCAUAUGCUGCUACUUUUGCCUAAUAUAACCAUUUACCAAGUUAUUCUGGUAUCUGGUUUUCAGAUUGUUUAUCUGCUUUUCAUUUUGUGGUGCUGUGACCAAAUGAGAACUUCCCUUGUCCUCUGGGAGAACUGACUUUUUAAAAAAUGUUAUUUUACCUGUGAAUGGUAUUUCUCAGAGAAGAGCUUGGUUCUGAGUAUUUUACUGACUGUAACCACUGACCAAAAAAUUAUUUCUUCUAACUCUCCUACUUCUUCAGAAAUACUAUUCUGCUGCAGCCUGCAGUCCUUGACAAUAAAAAUCCUUACAUUUUCAGUUACUUUUUAAAAA